AGUACCCGGUAUAGAUGCUCCCCUUUUGGGUUCAUCGAUGCUCUAUUCAUUAUAACUGCCGAUUCAUCGCCCCCUCUACCACAGAAAAAUCUUACUCUUCCAGAUACAUCCACAGUCCCGAUCCUUCCGAUCAUGUCUCACUUCAAGUCCAAGUUCCAUGAUGAGCUUAUUGCCAAUGCUGCCUACAUUGGCACACCUGGAAAGGGUAUUCUUGCUGCUGACGAGUCAACUGGAACAAUUGGCAAGCGUCUAGCCAGUAUCAAUGUGGAGAAUGUUGAAUCAAACAGGCGUGCUCUUCGCGAGCUCCUCUUCACCACUCCUGGAGCUCUCCAGUAUCUGAGUGGAGUGAUCCUCUUCGAGGAAACCCUAUACCAGAAGACAGCUGCAGGCAAGCCAUUUGUGGAGGUGUUGAAGGAAGGUGGCGUGCUUCCUGGCAUCAAGGUUGACAAAGGCACUGUCGAGCUUGCUGGCACUAAUGGAGAAACCACCACUCAGGGUCUAGAUGGCCUUGGUCAGCGUUGCCAGAAAUAUUAUGAAGCUGGUGCGCGGUUUGCCAAGUGGCGGGCUGUGCUCAAAAUUGGCCCUCAUGAGCCAUCUGAGCUAGCUAUCCAUGAAAAUGCAUAUGGAUUGGCAAGAUAUGCUGUCAUAUGCCAGGAAAAUGGAUUGGUUCCUAUUGUUGAACCUGAGAUCCUUGUUGAUGGACCUCAUGACAUCAACAAGUGUGCUGCAGUGACUGAACGUGUGCUUGCUGCAUGCUACAAGGCUUUAAAUGAUCACCAUGUGCUGCUUGAAGGAACACUUUUGAAGCCAAACAUGGUGACCCCUGGAUCAGAAUCGCCAAAAGUUGCCCCUGAGGUUAUUGCUGAGCACACUGUUAGAGCUCUGCAGCGUACUGUACCUGCGGCUGUUCCUGCUGUGGUUUUCUUGUCUGGCGGGCAGAGUGAGGAGGAGGCAACUCUCAACCUCAAUGCUAUGAACAAAUUAAAGGGGAAGAAGCCAUGGUCUCUUUCCUUCUCUUUUGGAAGGGCUCUUCAGCAGAGCACACUCAAGGCAUGGUCUGGAAAGGAGGAAAACGUAAAGAAAGCUCAAGAAGCCUUCCUGACGAGGUGCAAGGCGAAUUCAGAGGCAACUCUGGGAACCUACAAGGGUGAUGCAAAGCUUGGUGAAGGUGCGUCUGAGAGCCUCCAUGUGAAGGACUACAAGUACUGAUCAACGUUGGAGUCUGAGAGAAAUCGUCCUUGAGGAUCCAAGUUCGUUAUGCUAGAGACAUGAAUCGAUGGGUCCUUCUCGGUGAAGAUCAGGGGUCGACUGCUGCGGAUUGAUUGAUCGAUUUUGUUCGUCUUUUUCCUUUUUUUCCAGUGUUUCUGUGCUGUUGUCAGUUCAGUGUGUUAGGUUUGUAAUUAUCGGUUUGUAUCAAACCUUUGAAGGAAGACGUAGUUGCUUAUCUGAUAUUUAGGUUUGGGGCAUUAACUGAGAGUCUGAUACGGAGUUCUUGUUUUGAAUAUCUUGCUUGCUUUCGGCUCUGCUGCUUAGAAAGGCUCUCCCCCCAAUUUUCUGUUAAUAUUCAUGGCUGUUUUUUAACUCAGUUGUUCUCAUCCGUUGUAAAUGCAAUAUUCAAAUGAAAUUUUGGUCAAGAGUAAGAACAAUACGAUGAAGGGACAGAGAUUUUGUUGUA